AUGGCGACGCCUCUUAGUGUAGUUAUUGCCAAGGCUGCGUUUGCAGCUUGUCUUCUGCGUCCGGAUCCUUCUUCGGUUCCUCACGAUGAGAUAAGCGACUUUCACACCUGCCUCGAGCGCGCUCUGUCGCAUUGCUCCCCAGCCAACAUUCAGUCUUGCAAAGUGUGGUUACUUCGCUUCGUUGCCUUUUCAUCUAAUAGGGUAAAGGGCCUGGUCAAAUACCUGGAAGCUCUCGCAGCAUCCUUGCACCCACAGCCCACUGGAUCGAAAGUCUCAUCGAAGCGUCAACGUCUUCGUAUCCUUUAUUUGCUCAGUGAUCUGUUGCACCACUGCAAAUACCACCUUGGCACCACUUCCACCUUCUCCACCGUGAGCGGGUCCCUGCAGCUGCAUCUUGUCAACUUGGUCGGCUACGCAGCGGCCUGUGAUCGCCAAAGGAAUCCACGGCACCAUCGACGACUAGAUGAUCUGCUAGAUAUUUGGUCGAAGAACGAAUACUUUCAUCCCGAUUUGGUCAACAAGCUUCGAGAAGUUGUGGCCAUGGGGGGCCCUCCGCCUUCCAGUGAUGCGGGCAACGAAUUUGACCUAGCAAAAAAGCCUGACAAGGAGGCACCAUGGAUUAUGCCCUCCCUACAUGGAGAUCCAUCGCAGCCUUGGCACGAACUUCCUGCGGGCUGCAUGUUGCCUCAUAUCAUUCCCAAUUGCAAUAUUCCCAUCAAGCCUGAACUCAUGAAACCGAUAAAACUCCUAGGAGGUCCCGCCGAUCAAGAGUCCAUCGACCACCUCAAGGCCUUUCUGGCUGACGUGAACAAGCUCUUCGAUCCGGAGGCUCCCUUGGUUGAUGAAAAUACAGACCUCGACGAGCUGGGCCAGACAGUCAUCCGGGAUAAGAAAACCGGCGAGAUUAUCGAUGGCCGCAACUACUACGGAUGGUCCUUUGACUUCUGUCGGAGAAUGGAUCCAGACAACGAGGACUCGGGCGACCGAAGCCGCAGCCGCAGCCGCAGUGGAUCAAGAACCUAUCAUAAGCGCCGACGCUACAGUGGUAGCUCUAGCCAUCAGUCCGAGUCCGAAUCCCCAAGGUCAUACCGACAAGGUUUCCGUCGCCGCGAUGACGCGCGAUCAAGAAGUCGUUCUCCACGCCAUUCACGCAGUCGUGAAAGCUCUUACGCACCUCGUGAACCCACCUCACACUUCCCGCCUCCUCAUCAACCUCAACAUUCCUCCGCACCCAUCAACUCUUUCCCCUCCACCCACAACCCCACUGGACAGUACGACCAUCAUACCAUGGGCCCUAACACUGGCUAUUCCCAAACACCAGCACCCAACUAUGGAUCUUGGCCUCCGCCUCCCCCUAACCCGCAUAUGUCGACAAUGCCGUUCCCUCCACCUGGACCCGCAUCCUCAUCAUCAGCCUUCCCUCCUCCUUACCAUCACCCUCCCAUGUCGCAGGGACAGAACCAGAGCCAGGGAUACGGAGUGCCCCCGGGUCAGUAUCACUUCCCUCUUCCUUAUUCUGGCGGUCAGCAGGGUGGACCAUGGGGACCUCCUCCUCCUCCUUCUCAGGGCGGGCGAGGUUGGUAA